AUGUCGACGGCACCGAACCCGCCCUGUACCCGUGCCUCCCCAGCCGCGCUCGGCUUCAACGCGGGGUUGUCGCACAUCGCCGACCCCUCCACCGAAACCGCAGGCCCGGGACUGUGGCUGCUGUCGACGGCACUCCUGAGCAAUGCUCUCAUCCGGGUGGGGAUCAACGGCGCCGUAUCGGCCAUAAUCGGCGAGGAGUACAUUGCUAUCCCGACCCCGGAUGCUCGGGCACACCGCACCGUGGUCCUUAACUCAACCGUCAUGGUCUCGGAGCUCCGCACCUACACGCUCACCCAGCCCGUGUACAAGAAUGAGGUGGCAGGAAACCGGGCGCAUACCGCGACUCGCUAG